CCUUUCCCCACCGCCAUGUCCGACGCCCACGCUAGCGUGCUCACGCCCUCCGAGGCUAUCCCGGAGAACGCAGUUCAUGUUAAGGGACCUGAUCUGAGCUCGCCGAUUGAUCUCAUCUCCCUCCUCAAGGGGUACGAGACAAUCGGAUUCCAGGCGACCGGGCUCGCCCGUGCGAUCGAGGUCGUCGAGGAGAUGCGCAAGCAACGCGAGAACACCGAGCAGCCGCUUACCCUGUUCCUCGGAUACACAUCGAACCUCAUUUCAUCGGGAUUGCGCGAGAUCAUCCUCUUCCUCGCCAAGCAUAAGCUCGUCGAUGCACUCGUGACCACCGCUGGCGGCGUCGAGGAGGACUUUGUCAAGUGUCUCGGGUCUACGAUCCUCGGCGACUUCCACCUCGCGGGCGCUGACUUGCGCAAGAAGGGGCUUAAUCGCAUCGGCAACCUUCUCGUUCCCAACUCCAACUACUGCAAGUUUGAGGAUUGGAUCAUGCCGAUUCUCGACCAGAUGGUCGCUGAGCAGGAGGGCCCGGAGAAGACGAAAUGGACACCGAGCAGCGUCAUCAACCGCCUCGGCAAGGAGAUUGACAACGAGGAGAGCGUGUACUACUGGUGCUGGAAGAACGACAUCCCGGUGUUCUGCCCCGCCCUGACAGAUGGCUCGCUCGGCGACAUGAUGUACUUCCACACCUACAAGGCGGACCCGGCGCCGCUGAACGUUGACAUCGUCGGCGAUAUCCGCAAACUGAACGACAUGAGCGUCAAGGCCAAGCAGGCGGGCAUGAUUGUUCUUGGCGGCGGCGUGUGCAAGCACCAGAUUGCCAACGCAAUGCUUUUUAGGAAUGGCGCUGACUACGCGGUGUAUAUCAACACGGGCCAGGAGUACGACGGCUCUGACUCAGGAGCCCGUCCCGACGAGGCAGUGUCUUGGGGCAAGAUUCGCGCGAACGCGCAGAGCGUGAAGGUCUACGCUGAUGCGACGCUCGUGUUUCCUCUCAUUGUCGCGUCAACAUUCGGCAAGGCGCACUGGGAGACCAACAAGUAAGCCUCCAGUUUCGGCAUUGUUGUAUACCUUGCAUCUGUACUACCCGGGAUCAUGCAUUGCUUGAAAUGA